AACCCCACGAAAGUCUGCUUCCGAGUUCCGCUACCUGUUUGUCAUAUGCAACAUGCCGCUAUUUUGAGGAUUAAGUAGGGCGCCAAAUUUGCUUCCGCUGAUGAUAGUAGCUUUACCCGUUAGCCUGGUGUGUGUCUCGUCACGUGUUAUAGGUUGUAUAAACGUUUUAUAAGAUGGCUCCUAAGAGAAAGGCUCCUUUGAAAAGGAAACUUGCUGAGGAAUUCCCUCCAGGAGAGGUGUUGGUGGACACUGCUAAGAAACAGUGGAAGUUGGGAACACCCAUUGGUAAGGGUGGUUUUGGACUUCUGUACUUGGCUGAUGAAAAUUCUUCAAAACCUGUCAGCAACAAUGCUCCUUAUGUGGUUAAAGUGGAGCCUAGUGAUAAUGGGCCCCUUUUCUCUGAACUCAAGUUCUACAUGAGAGCUGCAAAACCAGAACUGAUUCAGAAAUGGAUUACCUCCCAAAAGCUAAAGUAUCUGGGUGUGCCAAAGUAUUGGGGGUCUGGACUUCAUGAAAAAAAUGGAAACAGUUACAGAUUUAUGGUGAUGGAUCGUUUUGGAUCAGACCUACAGAAGAUUUUUGAAAGUAAUGGAAAACGAUUUUCUCACAAAACCGUGCUGCAGUUAGGCUUAAGAUUGCUUGAUAUUUUGGAAUAUAUUCAUGAACAUGAGUAUGUACAUGGUGACAUCAAAGCUUCUAAUCUUCUUCUCAGCCACAAGAAUACAAAUCAGGUGUAUUUGGUAGACUAUGGUCUUGCCUACAGAUACUGCCCAGAAGGAAUCCACAAAGAAUACAAAGAAGAUCCUAAAAGGUGCCAUGAUGGCACAAUUGAAUUAACAAGUAUUGAUGCGCAUAAAGGAGUAGCUCCAUCAAGACGUGGUGACUUGGAAAUCCUUGGAUAUUGUAUGAUGCAGUGGCUUUGUGGCAGUCUGCCUUGGGAGGACAAGUUAACGGACCCCAACUAUGUUAGAGACUCCAAAAUAAGAUACAGAGACAAUAUUUCUUCAUUAAUGACCAAAUGCUUCUCUGGCAAAGAUGCCCCAGAAAUAGCAAAGUACUUGGAGUAUGUGAAGGCUAUGGGAUAUACAGAAAAACCUCAGUAUAAGAAGCUUCGAGAAAUCUUCCUAGAUGGCCUCAAAUCUAUAGGUGCUAAAGAUGAUGACAAGCUAGAUUUAAGUAUUUUGGAAAAUGGAAGCCUUACUGCAGUUGGUGAACAUAAGAAAAAAGCAGCUGGAAGGUCAAAGAAAACUACAGAGCCACGGUCAUCAGGGGGAGAAAAGUCACCUAAAAAGAAAGCUGGUCUUUCAAAUCCUGUACACAGUCGUAAGCAAGAAGUGGAAGAAAGAGCUGCACAUUCAUCUUCAGACCUGCCUAAGCGUAAGAGGAUGAAGAAGUAGAAUUAGUCUCAGAAAAAUAGCUUAUUUUUGUAGCCCCCGAAUGCACUGCAGCAGUGUAUAUUUUAACUUAUCCGUGGAAAAUAUUUAGAAAGUCUUAACUGCACAACUUUGUAUUUUCUAUGUCUUUUUAUAAAUUAAAAAAUUUAAAGAAA